AUGUCCUCUGAUCAGAUCCCGUCAGCCGCUCCGGUAGAGGAGAAGUGGGAUGAGGAAAGAUUGGAGGCUGCCCUUCGGCAGCUGAAGGAGCUGCACAUUCAGCUGCGCAACUUGAGGACCACCGUCCCUCGCAUGAUUGCGCCAUUUACCGCCCACCCAGCAUCCCCGGAGAUACUGUUUCAGACAAUCAAGGCGGCCACACAUUCGGCCUUCGCCGAAGUUGGCGAUUUCAAGGACAAGAUGGCCGAAGAUGGCACAAAAGAGAUUCUCGAAUACGCUGAAAAGAGCCGAAGCGACAACCCCAAAGGCAUCCGGCCUUGGCGAGCCAGCGACGACCCUGACUGGUUCACUCCCAAUCCGGCAUGA